CUGUCGAAGAAAAAAGAGCUCUAGAAAUAGUUAGUAGUUCUUUUAGACUGGAGGGUGGCCAUUUCCAAGUUGGUCUACCGUGAAAGUAUGACAAGCCAAGGCUACCGAAUAACUUGGAACUAGCUGAACGCAGACUAGUGUUUAAGGAAGAGGUUUGUGAAAGAUAAUAGUCUUCUGGAGAAAUAUCAAGUUGUGGUGAAUAAACAUUUGAGUAAGGGCUAUAUCAUUGAAACUAGUAAGGAGGGAUUUGACCGUGAUGCUGUUUGUUCGUAUGUUCUCCAUCAUCUUGUUAUCAACCCUAAAAAGCCUGGGAAACUGAGAAUUGUUUUUGAUUGUGCAGCUGUCUAUCAAGGUUGUUCUCCUAAUGGUCAGCUUUUGAGAGGACUAAGUACUGUAAAUAGUUUAAUUGGUGUACUUCUACGAUUCAGAUUAGGUAACGUAGCAUUAGCCGCUGAUACCGAAAAGAUGUUUCUUCAAGUAAAGGUCUCGAGACAAGAUAGGGGAGCGUUUCGUCUAUUGUGGUGGGAAGACGGUGAUAUAAGACGGCAGGUUACGGAGUAUUGUUUAACAGUUCGUCCGUUUGGAGCCGUGUCCUCUCCUUUUUGUGCUAAUUUCGCUCUUAGGAAAACGGUAGAUACAUUCGGUAAGAAAUUGAAUAAAGAUGUCCAGGUAGUCGUAGAUAAGAGUUUCUAUUUCGACGACUAUUUAGCCUCCAUCGAUAAUGUGCAGGAUGCAAUUGAGCUAGCAAAAACCCUUGGUUUGCUCCUCGGAAAAGGUGGGUUCGGACUUACCAAGUGGAUAAGUAACUGUUUACAAGUUCUCGAAUCAAUUCAUCCAGAAGAGAGAGCAGAAGCCGUAAGAGGGAUUGACUUUGAAAGACUUCCUACGGAACGCAUGUUGGGAUUAUUUUGGAAUACUAUGGUUGAUUCGUUUGAAUUUGAAGUUCGCAUACCGAAACGCCCCCUCACUAGGCGAGGUAUGUUAUCGAGUGUAGCCUAACCUUACGACCCCUUGGGAUUGUUAGCACCGUUUAUACUUCCCAUGAAGCAGUUACUUCAACGUUUAGGUAAAUUGGGACUAGGAUGGGACAAAGAGAUUCCAAAUGAGGAAGGCAAACGCUGGUUGGAUGUUUUAACUGAAUUUCAGAGGGUUGAGAACGUUAGUUUUCCACGUUGUGUAUUGUUUUCG